UGGCGGAAGUUGUGGCUGUCUGUGUGGAAGUGUAGCUGAGAUGCGAUGCACCAUGUGCGAGAACUGGAGCACUGUGGCGGAGAUCUUCCUCUUCUUGGAAGGUUUCGGCGCUGAAGCGGAGCAGAUCCGGUGCAUCUGUAGCAGGGCCUUUGUGCAUGAUCGAGAGCUUUAUCGGAUGGGAUUAAAGGGAGCCUUUUAUACCCACGAAGAUUAUGGAGAUAUUGUUGAAAAAAGUGAAGAAGAAUCAAAUUUUGAUGAUGAAUCCAGUGUUAAUACUGCAGAGAUGCAAGAGGAAAAUGAAUUGGAUAGCGAGUCAGAGUUGAUGGCAAAUAUGGGUCUACCUCUGCAGUUUGGCAGUUCAUCAAAUUAUUGGCAACCAACGACCUGCAAUGUUACAAAGAAAAGAUUCAAAAAGAGAAGAACACUUCACAAAAACAUUGAAGAUAUGCCUGAAAUCUGUAAAGAACAACCAGACAAUGUUUUGACUCUUCUUUCUGAUGUGACUGAUUCAGGACUGAUUGCAGAGCAAACAGAUUAUGAAAUAGAAAGCAAUGACCUUAAUCAAUCAUGUACAGGAGCAACAGUCUCUGAACUGGAGUCCAAAACAGACUGGGAAGUGUAUUGGAAUCAAUAUGGUGAGGAUAUACUUCGGAAAAAUUGGUUGGGAAAACAUCCUGCAUGGACAGAAGGCAUGCCUACACCAUGGGACAAUCCAAAUAUGAAAGAUCAAUGGCAAGAGUUUUAUAAUGAACAAUAUUGGUUGUAUUAUGAACAGUUUCAUUAUUGGAUAUCUCAAGGAUGGUCUGUGAAUCUUGCUGAAGACAGUGACCUUGAAAAGGAUUCAUCCUGCAUAAAUACACACGAAUCAGAAGAAUUUCCGAGUAAUUCUGAAAAUAUUGCAUGUGAAAAUAUCAGCAAUGUACUGCCAACUGAGUCGAUCAUUGCAUCAAUUGAAAGAGAUGCGCUUGAGUGUCAUGAGGUUAGUUGUGAAGAGGUUGUCAGUAUGAUGAAUGAUAUAAAGCUGAAUUCAGGAAGCAAGGUUGAGCAAUCUGCAGAUGUGAAAAACAAUAUCUCCUCCUGUCCUGCUGAUGCUGCAGGUUUUUGUGAGUGUGCUUCCGAUGAUAAAGAACCAGCUGCAGAAGGAGGCAACGGCAAAACAUGUGCAUCAAGUGGGCAAGACGCCACAGUUCAAUCAGCAGACGAUAUGAAUCCUUCCGGCAAAGCAUUAAUAAACAGUGUUGAAGCAGGAAAGAGACAAAGCAGUGAUGAUGAGGAAGAUGAGUCAUCAAAACCUAGACCAACAAGGCUGAAAAAAAGUCAUGAACUUGAUGCUGAAGAGUAUCCAACUGUGGCAGUUGAAGAUGCUUAUUCAGCUCUUGGCUUCAAGCACCACACCAGCCAAAACAUUUCAAAGUUUACUCAUGGUCAUGCACUCUAUCGCAAGGAUGUGGAGCCACGAUUUAGGAAUCCUGAUAUACGUAGACAAGCAUUUACCAAUAAGAAACAUAUAUUCUUUGGUGAAGAUGGAGAAAUUUUGAAUUUUAAGAAGAGCAAAACCUUAGCAAAGGUGCAAAGAUUUCUAAAACAAGUCGAGCCAUCAAAUGAUACUGUUAACAUGGAGAUUUCAUCUUGCGUGCCGCACAGUUCUGAGGAAUGCAGUAGCAUUGAGCAACCAUGCAGUUCCAUUGCAAAUUGCUCCUCAGUGUAUGAAAAUAGCAACAAUGAAAAUGAGAUUGAAGAAACCUCUGCUGAUGGACAGUUCCAAGCUUGUAUCCAUAAUCCCUCAAAAUUCAGUAUCUGCAAUGAAGGCAACAAAGAACAGCUGAUGGAAAUAUAUAACGAGGCCCCUACUUCUGCUGAAAAUUCAGAAUUGUUUUCUGAUAGACAGCUUGUUCCAAUAGAUAUUCCAGACUUCCUUCUUCCUGACCCUGAUGUAACAGAGAAGGAUGUUGAACUGCAAACGGUGAAGAAACAUAAGAAGAACAAAAAAAGAAGAAAGAAGAAGAAACUUCGUCAUGUACCUUCUGAUGUUGUAGCUGUCCCAGAAUUAGCCAAAUACUGGGCUCAACGUUAUAGACUAUUUUCGCGUUUUGAUGAGGGAGUCAAACUUGACCAGGAAGGUUGGUUUUCUGUCACUCCUGAGAAGAUUGCUGAACACAUCGCCAAACGUGUCACGCAGAGUAUCAAUAGUGAUAUUAUUGUUGAUGCGUUUUGUGGAGUAGGGGGCAAUUCAAUUCAAUUUGCACUGGCGGGAAAAAGAGUGAUUGCUAUUGACAUUGAUCCAGUGAAAAUAGAUCUUGCAUACAACAAUGCUCAAGUCUACGGUGUGGCGGACCAGAUAGAGUUUAUCCUUGGUGACUUUAUGCUGCUGGCAUCUGACCUGAAGGCUGACACCAUUUUCCUCAGUCCUCCUUGGGGUGGCCCUGAUUAUGUCAACGCAGAAAUCUUCGAUCUGAAGACAAUGAUUUGCCUGGAUGGCUUUGAAAUAUUUGCACUCUCCCACAAGAUUACACCAAACAUUGUUUAUUUCUUACCACGAAAUGCUGACAUCGAACAGGUGGCAUCCUUAGCUGGACCAGGAGGACGAGUGGAAAUUGAACAGAAUUUUCUGAAUAACAAACUGAAGACCAUCACUGCGUAUUUUGGUGACUUAAUUAGAGAUGAAUAGAUCAAGGUUUUGUGAUUUUUAUUAAAAAAUCUAAUAAAGCCCUUUCAUUUAA